UACAUUUAUCUCCACGCCCUUGUUUCCUCCUUUCAGCUACCUUGUGGGUGAGGAAUUGUCCCUGGUUAUGGAGUAUAUGGAUGGGGGCACUCUGAGCAAUGUCAUCAGCAAUACCUACUUGUCAGAAGAUGAGAUGGCAGCCAUCAGUCGGGAGUGCCUGCAAGGACUGGAUUUUCUUCAUUCAAACCAUGUUAUCCACCAAGAUGUGAAGAGAAGAAACAUCCUUCUCAGAACCGAUGGCUCUGUCAAGCUGGCUGACUUUGGCCUCUUUGCUCAGCUCAGCCCUGAGCAGGGCAGACGGAGCUCCGUGGACGGCGCUGCUGGGUGGCUGGCGCCUGAAGUGGUGACAGGUCAACCAUGUGGCCCCAAAGUGGACAUAUGGUCUUUGGGAAUCGUGGGCAUCGAAAUGGUGGAACGAGAAGUUCCUUCCUGGAAUGCAACUCCUGUCUUG